CUACGAUGCCGACGAGGCACGCCGACUGGCGGUGGCCGCCGCGGAGAAAAUAAAGGACGAGACGCUGGGACUGGUGUCACCACGAGUCCGUCUGGUCGUUCAGGUAACGGAGAGCCGCGGCCAGGCGGUGCGGGCCAUCAGUCGCUGCGUCUGGGAUGCCGAGAAGGACCGCUGCAUGAGGGCCGAGUUCACCAACCAGCAGCUGCGAGCCGUCGCCUCUGUGUUCGCCAUCUACUGCGAGUGAGCCAGCGAUGAGGAUUCUACCGCCGAGAACCGAGCGAUGACGUUUCACAAGAGAGAUAUGGGUGAUGUGGCGAAGGAGAGUGAUGUCUCUGGAAGUCCUCUAUCGAGUACCAGUGACGUGACGUCCGGCUCCGUGUCCAUUGCGAGUGACGGCAGUGAAGACUCAAUAACGACUGCCAGUGACGUCACGGCGUCCGUGCAGACUCUGGUGAGUGACGUCACCGAGAGGGCGCUGACGAGUGUCGGUGACGUCACAGAACAGUCUCUGCCAAUACAGAGAGAGGCUA